CACAACUUUUUUUGAUAAUUUUUUUUUCUGCACUGAAUAUCAUAACACAUCAGUAUCAGUACUUUCCAGAGUUGAAAUCAUUUUCUUAACUAAUUGUUCAGAAAUCUUAUUAAAAUGGUUAAAAUUGGUCUCCAAAUACGUGCCACGUUAGAAAAUAUUGACGAAAUAAAAACAAACCAUCCAAACUAUUCAUUUUUUUUUAAAUUGAAAUGUUCGAACUGUGGCGAACAAUCAGAGAAGUGGCAUGAUUUAACUGAAAAUGAAAAACAACACGAAAAUUCACGCAAUCCAAAUGGUUUCAACUUUUUUAUGAAAUGUAAAUUAUGUUCUCGUGAAAAUUCUAUUGAUAUUAUCGAAGGAACAAAUGACGCAUACACAGCAGACGAUUCCGGCAAAUUCAAAGUAGUAGUUUGUCUUGAUUGUCGUGGUGUGGAGCCUGUGGACUUUUCGCCAAAAGCUGGCUGGUUAGUCAAGGCAGCUGACAAUGGGCAAGCAUUUGAAGAUGUAGACUUAUCGGAAGACGAUUGGGUUGAAUAUGACAACAAAAAUAAAGUCUCUAUUGGCAUUUACGAAUUCGAAUCAAAUUUCAUUAAACUAAAAAAAUAAAAGUUAUUUUACUGGAUAUUUUAUACAUCCAAUUAUUGCGAAAA